UAUCAUCACUGCAGGACCUGCAUAAGUUCUGUCAGCAGGAGCCCUGAAAACUUCAAGAACAUGUACUCUUAAACUCCAGUCUUUAAACAUCAAAAAUGCCAGUCUUGAGAGAUAUGCUGUUGUUUGUGGCAAUCGUUUCCAUCUCGGCAUCAGCCCAUUGUCAAAAAUUGCCAAGUUUUGAUCUGCUGGAGGGGUUCCAUGUUCCUGAGUCGAAAGGAGUGAAGAGAGUGGAUGGGUCUGAAGCUGAGGCAGUGGCCUACCGCAUCAACCCCUCCAUUCAUUUACAGAAGACAUUGAGUGAUGUGUAUCCAGAUGGACUUCCCACUGAAUACUCCAUUAUCACAACAUUUAAAGUGAACAAUGACACAGCUCAGACGUCCUGGAACCUUUGGCAAGUCAGUGACCCAAAAGGACAAGAACAAGUCGGCCUGCGUUUCCAGCCUGAUGGACAGUCGUUGGACUUUUUUUACACUGGUCCACAGGAGACACAGAUGGUGAGGACAUUCCAAGGUUUGCAAAAAUUGUUUAACAGAGAGUGGCACAAGUUGGCUCUGAGCGUAAAGGGCAACCAAGUAAGGUUGCUGAUUGACUGCAAGGAGAUCAGAGUAGAGAGCAUCGAUGAGCCGAGGCCAGUCAUCCGACAAGGCUACACAUCCAUCGUGAAACGAGCUGCAAGAGACCGCUCCGCUUCUGUGGAUCUCCAGCAGAUGCAAGUGUCAUGUGACCCAGAGCAGGCGUAUUCAGAGAGCUGCUGUGAGCUCUCCAGUGUGUGCGGGGGAUAUGCAGAGAUCGGCCUCACAGCUGGAAGAGCAACUUGUAAAUGCAUGCAUGGACAACCAGGACUUCAGGGCUCUCCAGGGCCAAAGGGUCACAGAGGGCUUCCAGGAAAACCCGGAGACCAAGGAAGACUGGGCAACUGGGGAAUCCAUGGAAACACAGGGGACUAUGGAAACAUUGGUGAGACAGGACCAAAGGGCGAGCAAGGAAUCAAAGGAGAAAAAGGGAUGAGAGGACCCUGGGGACAAAGGGGAGAGAGAGGUCCACAAGGGCUGAAAGGACUAAAAGGAGCUGCGGGCUUUAAGGGAAUUCGUGGACUUCCUGGAGACAUUGGAGAGGCUGGGAAGCCAGGAGAAAUGGGUAGUAAAGGGCUUCGAGGAUAUCCAGGGAUUCCAGGGUUUGAAGGAGUGAAGGGCCAAAAAGGGAAUUCUGGGGCUACGGGGCGGCCUGGACCCAGAGGAAAGCAGGGUAUUGUAGGGGAUCCUGGAGAAAGGGGAGCUCCUGGAGAGAAGGGCAAGCCUGGUAUCCAAGGACUUGUAGGCAGAGCUGGGACUGUUGGAUCAAAAGGUAUUAUUGGGGAUCCGGGUUUACCUGGCAGAGAUGGUGAUCCAGGAAUAGAGGCGUAUCAAGGACCCCAGGGUCUCAGUGGAAAAACUGGGCGUAGCGGUGGAAAGGGAGAAAAGGGCACCCUGGGGCCAGCAGGAGAAAUGGGUCCCCAAGGCCAAACUGGGCUGAGAGGUUACAAAGGUUCUGCAGGAAAGCCAGGAAGACCUGGAUUUAUUGGUCCACCUGGACCUAUUGGUCACGUGGGUGUACCUGGAAAACCAGGAAUCAAGGGUGACACAGGAAUCCAAGGAAUUAAAGGAGUUAAAGGUGCAGAGGGAGAAAAAGGAGUGAAAGGUCUAAAUGGAAGGGUUGGAGAUAGAGGUGAGCCAGGUGCUCAGGGAGGCAGGGGGAAGCGUGGCACUGCAGGCCUUCCUGGUCGUACAGGUCCUGUUGGAGGAAAAGGGAUUCGAGGUGAAGGAGGACCUGAUGGCUUUCAGGGACUACCAGGUCCUCCAGGUCCAACGCUUCCAGCCGAACAUGUGAUUGAAGUCUGUAAGAAAGUGGUCCUGGAGCAGAUGUCCACCUUUGCCAACUCAGUAAAGAGGACGUGUGCUGCAGUUUGUCCUCUAUAUGGGGACGUUCCCAUGGGCGCCACUGGUCCCCCCGGACAGAAAGGACCCCCGGGGCCUCCUGGUGACCCUGGUACUGAUGGUGUUGCUGGGGAAAUGGGCCUUCCAGGAUUCUAUGGAGAAGGUGGUGAGCCAGGUCGACAAGGAGAAUCAGGUGACAGAGGAGAGCAUGGUGAUAAAGGAGUCAAAGGUUAUGGCAUUCCUGGCUUCACCGGUGAUCAGGGGCCAAAGGGUCAGCGUGGACGUCCCGGCAGAGCCUUUAAUGGUCAGUCUGGAAAACCAGGUGAAAGGGGACAUGCAGGCCGGCCGGGGCUCAGGGGCCACCCAGGUCUCAGGGGCCCCCCAGGCAUCUGUGUGACCUCUGGAUGUGCUGAGCAGAACUCACUCAGUGGGACACGCCAGCCAGCACCACAGACGCUGAGAAAUCGCUCCUAAAAGGACAAGAGGCUAAUUAGGAGGAUAAACCUUUAUCAAAGUCUUCAUAACAAAGUGGUUACUUUUUGUCUCUUGUUGGGUUGUUUAAUACAUUUUAAUGUAAAUAUUCUAAAUAAACCUUUGCUGUUGUCUUGAAACAAAUGUCGCCAGGAAACAUUCAGUGGGACAAAAUAUGAUUGUUUGAAAAAAAACAACUUUAUUUGACUUAUUUUGGAGUUUUAUAUAAAAUGUUUGGUCACCUCUUACUAAUCUUUAAUCAUCUAGUUUUUUUAAAUUUGUAUUUCAAGACAAUGAUAA